AUGGACACGGCAAUUCAGCUGAACACUAAUGUAUUCCUUUCUUUUCAAGGUAUCUACACUCCAGAACCACUCUGCAAUUUCUGGUGGGCUCUUUUAUCCACGGGGUUUAUGUUUGUAUAUCAUUUUAGCAUCUUGCAGAUUCUGGGAUUGGUUACAGAAGUGAAUUUGAACAACAUGUUGUGCCCAGCCGUCUCAGAUCCUUUUUAUGGGCCCUGGUAUCGAAUCUGGGCAUCUGGACAUCAGACUGUCAUGACCAUGACUCAUGGGAAGCUUGUAAUCCUACUGUUUUACAGUGCUGUCCCCAUCUUUAAAUGUAGCGUGGACUUGCUCAGACUCCCAGCUAAGAAAAUAGACUGAAAUUUCUCCCCACGGAGCAGUACGUACAGGAAGCAGAGAUACUUAUACUGGAAAACAAAGAGGAGGGAUGAGAGGACAAUGUGUUUAUACUUCUCCCCACAGUUUAUUGCCUCAGAAACACCUCUAUAAUCAAGUGAGGUUUUUUUUAACUGCUGUUUCUCACUGCCUAUUGCCAAUGGCAAAAUUAGUGGCCUUAUUCUGGAGAAGGUUCGUGUUUUAUACAUUUUGUGUAGAUUACAGCAGAAUCUUGCUAAGCCACCGUUCAAAAUUAGGCCAGGAUCUGUCCACAUUCCAGCAAAGAGAGUGGCAGUGCUACCUCGUUUUGACUUAUUUUCCAUUAAAUGUAAGUACACUUACAUCACAGGAUAAGGAAAUAAAGCUGAAUUACAACACUCCACUGAUGCGAACAGAACACAUGUUGAAGUGCAUCAUCCUGGCUUAACUCUUAGCACUUGAAUGUUGCAAAACGGUCACAGUGAAACGAUGUACACUUAAUCUCCCAGUCGUAGGUGCGAAACAGUGAGGUUCUACUGUAUUUUCUUUAAGCUGGUUGAAAAUGCUAGGGAACAAUAACUCAUUCAAAAGUUAUUUUUUUUUUUUUUAAAUCGACUACUUAAAUUUCUAAGCUGCUGUGCAUAAAUAUCUAUCUGGCUGAGUCCCAUCAGAUCUUGACGCUAUGGAGAUGCUUUUAUUUGAGCGAGUGGAAAAACACCAUGUUGAAAUAAUUUCAAAAGACCGUGUUACGUAUAAGCCAUGAUAAGGUAUUUCAUCCACUGUUCUGACCUGACUUUGAACAAAAUGGGUUUUUCACUUAGCUUAGACUGGGGAGGGAGUGGAGAUACAAAGUCCAAUGUAAACAUCAGCGUUUUCUUUUUUUACUUACUAGCUUUUGAAACAUUCCUCCUCUGUGUUCUACACUGAUCCUCGCUCAGUAGAGCGGUUAGUGAAGAAACAAAAUGGAACUGUGAUGUUCUCUCUCUACAGCUCUAAUACACUCUGUAGACUGAUUUUAAAAUGCAGAUAUAAAAAGGAAUGUCAAAUCAGUGCAGGCCUCUACUGAAAAGAAAGUGUUCCAGUUUACUAAUAUGACUAUAUCUUCCUGUCAACACGUCUUUUGGAGAACGGGAUGUAGAUAGGCAGAAUGAUGAACAGUAAACUGUGGGUACCUGUUCAAAUUUCCCAAGGCUAGAGGAGAAACUUGAGCAGAAAGAUGGGAAAUCUUGAGUGUGUUCCUCCAGAUAGUUACUUGUGAGUCUAUUAUGCAGACUGCUGUGUUUCAGGGCUGCAGGAAUUUUGUUGUACAAAAGUUUGUUGCAAUUUACAGAUUCAUUGUCUUGUCAAAGCUGUGACUUGCAAGAUAAAACAAAACCAUCAUACCUCCUCCAGCUGGAUCACCUGAAGAUAUAUUCUGAAGUUAAGGUACAGUCAUUUAUACCUCAAGAAGGAAAAGUAAGAAUGAGAAGUGGUUGACUUCCCCCCCCCCAAAAAGAAAAAUUUUCAUUGGAGAGGGAACAAAAGGCUACUUCCAAUAUUUUUACUUCAUAUGAUUAAAAAAAAAUACACCUCAAUCAGAAAUAUAUUGUCCCACGUUCUAAUUUACAAACUGGUUUCUGGCUUUCUUCCACGCCUUGCUGUGUGUAUAUAUACAUAAUAAAUGUACUGUACUCUCCCAACUUGAGAACAUGAGACGUAUACCUAAACUAUCCAUCAACCACGUAUAGCUUAGUUAUACAGACGGCUCUGUAUAACGGCUCCUUGUGUUUGUAAUCAGAAUUCAGCUUGAGAAAGCAAAGCACGGGAUAAUAAGGACUACCAGCAUACAGAGUUAACGGUCAAUUGUUGAUCCUGCAAAUGUCCAAAAGUACAUAAUGAAUCUCAUUGAGCAGUCUCGCUGCCGCCUCAGGAAAGCUGGGCAUAUGUUGCUUAAGUAUUUGUAGAGUGGGGCCUAAAGAAAGAAUGCGUUGGUUUUGAAGGCCUGAGUCCGCCUGUGGAAGACCACUUAAUUAGCUGCUGAAGUGACAGAAGUUCUUGCUAUUUAGUUCGGCAGAUUCAGUAUUUCAUGAUGAAAUAGAGGAUGUUGCUGGGAGAUGCUAAGAUGCACAGUGCUGGAUGUAAAGCAUGCCCCCUACUAA